AAACCCAAACUGAUGCACCAACUGACCAAUGCAUCUCUCUCUUGCUCUCUAACUAAAACUCUCACUCAGUGUCACUCAGGGACAUGAAAGUCAGGGGAUAAAUGCAGAGGAGCGUCAUUCGAAUAUUCUGGAAACGCUGUACAAAGGCGUUCCUUGGAUUUUCUCUUCAAAAUUGGAGUCAGGACUUAAACACAGCCCAUUAAAACUCAGCGGAAUUUUUUUUCCCUUUGACUGAGGUUGCAGGUUUUUGGCGCACCAACAGGACAACAGUGGACUUUUGGAUCAAACACAGCUCGCUGUUUUAGAUUCAAAGGGACAAUCGCUGCACCCCCAGGCAAUUGUAGGUUACGGUGCAGUGAGAACACCCAGAGGUGGUUCAGAAAUUGUGCUUUGGGUGUUUGAGUUAUGCGCUUCUGUGGUGGACAAGUAAGGCAGAGCAUCCACAGACAUUCAGAUGGAUACACAGAGUCUGUGAGGGGGUUGCUGACUGCACAGUAAGAAGAGGAGAGGAAGAAAUCAAGUUUUGUUUCUGUGUGGAACAUAAGGAAAUGUGGCUUUCACAUAAUCAGAUCAGAAAGAUGUUAAUUUUUUCAAGCAUGAGGAAGAAGUGUGCUUUUUGGAAUCAGCUUUUCUGAAGAACAAAAUGCUAUUAAAUAUCUAAAGAUUUUUUUUUUUGAGUCAGAGACAACUUGGAUCAAUGAAGGAGUCCGAGCAAACCAAGGACAUCACCUGGGACUUUGACCAGUCCUGGGCUUCGUUCCUAACACCAGCUGCACGUCUUUGCCUCAACACUUUGGAUUUUUCAGACCUCUGGGAUGAGGAGGACAGUACAGAGGAUGAGGGAACUCAUACAUCCAAAGAAUCAUCAUCAUGUCUGCAAGUCGCCCCAGCACCACCACCUCCUCCUCCUCCUCUUCCUCCUCCUCCUCCUCCUUGUUUGCCCUCAGCUUCCCCUAAAGGUGCCACCACAAAAAGUCGCACCUUGAAGCUCCACUGGAGGGAACUGCAGAAUCUGGCUCCACUUCCCAGGAUGACUCGCUUUGGGACUCAGACUAUUUGGGCCGGACUUGAGCCGGUGCAUUUGGACACAAACCGGCUAGAAUACUUGUUUGAAUCUAAGGGCAAUAACACCAGUUUAAGUGUGGUUUCUGGACGGCAGAAGCAGCCAUCAGUCUCAGUGUUGGGAAUGAAGCGCAGUAACAUCAUAACCAUUGCACUGAGCAGCCUCCCCCCUCCUCGCCUCCUCCCCCCUGCUAUCUACAGCAUGGACAGCAGUGUGCUGGACAGAGACGACGUUCAGCGUCUUCAAGCUUUAAUCCCAACAGAAGAAGAACUUUGUCUGAUCAAGGAGGCCAAGGCCCAGAACCCUCACUGCCCUCUGGCCCAGGCUGAGCUCUGCCUGCUUACUCUGGGGGAGAUCCCUCACCUGAGCUCCAGGCUUCAGCUGUGGACCUUUGCUCUGGACUAUGACUCUGUAGAGAGAGAAAUUGCUGAACCUCUCUUCCAUCUGAAGUUGGCCAUGGAGCAACUGGCAGCCAGCCAGACCUUCAGGUGUAUUCUGGCGACAGUGCUCGCCAUCGGUAACUUUCUCAAUGGAUGUAAAGCCCGUGGCUUUGAGCUGAGCUACCUGGGGAAGCUGUCUCAGGUGAGGGACACCCACACCCGCCAGCCCCUCCUGCACCACGUCUGUGUGCUCCUGCUGCAGCUCUACCCACAAUCCUCUGACCUCUACUCUGACAUCACGGCUCUUACUAAAGCCAGCAAGUGCGACUACUCCCAAGUCCAGUCCAACUUCACUCAGUUAGAGACCCUGUGCAAAGCAUCAUGGGAGCAGCUGAAGGUGCUGAACAAGGCUGAGGAAAAGAGGAAAGGAGGAAAAUGGGACAAAAAGAGAGGAGGAGGAGGAGGUGAUGAGGCUUUAGUUUCAGAGGGUUCGCUCCGCCACAAGCUGCCGAAGAUUCUGAAAGAGUGCGAGGAAAGACUGAAAGUCCUGCGAGCGGUUCAUCGCCGGGUCAUCAACAGGUUCCACUCUUUCCUCCUAUUCCUCGGCUACUCCCGAUCCAUGGUGAGAGACACCAAAGCGGAGGACUUCUGUAAAACCAUCAGUAACUUCUCACUGGAGUACAGAACCACACGGCAGGCUGUCCUCCAGCAGAGAGAACGGGAACGGCAGAGAAGUGGAACCGAAAGUCCAGGUCCAAGCACACCUGUACACAAGAGGAAACAUCCACAAACCCCUUCACAGGUUCCUAUUUCAGAUGCUUUUUCAGGGAAAAAUUCCACACAAUUAGAAAGAAAAAAAGCUAUUUGUUAUCAUGCAGAUUUUGUUAACUCAUUGUUGAUCCAGCAGGAAAAUGAUGAGCAGUGGCGGCUGGAGGAGGUGCUGAGAACACCUGACUCCAUCUCAAGGCUGGAUGUCACUCUGCCUCGAAGCCGCAGGAGGAUCCAAAGUACUUUAUACGAUGCACACAUUCUGAAACGCAAGUUGCUUCUAGUGACUUCUAUCAUAUGUGAUCUCUUAUUUGUUUGCUUCUCAGGUCCAUUUUCCCGGAAGCUGAAGUGGUGACCCUGCUGAUUGCUCCAAAGCCAACGGGUUGCCCCUUUAUCAUUCAGUCAUUGCUGAUUAUUUAUGACGUUACAUUGUGGUUACAUUUUUGCAGCACUGUGUUGAAUAACAGUAAGAAAUGGACACAUACGUAAAACUUCACAGGCCAUUACAUUUUAUCCAGGUUUAAAAUAAAGAUGCUUUAAAAUAUGUUUUGUUAAAAUAUGUUUUAAAAUGAUGCAUUUGUGUGUGUGUGCUCUAAUGAAAUGCAAUGAAAUGAGUAAUAAAAUGUGUCACAUGUAAAAAAAUUGUGAGUUAAAAAAAGAAGAGAAAGUGCUGUACCUGUUUUAAGACAGGUAACAACAAAACUAUCAGCAAAUAACCACGGCAAUAGGAUCCAAUUUUGUAAAAUGAAGUUGUACAAUAAAAUAAAGAAAAUUUAAUAUUUUUAUCAAAAGCCUUUGAAAAC